UAAACCUUACAUUUCCAAAUAAUCUUUUUCUUUUGGAAACAAUUUCCAAAUAAUCUUUGCAUCUCAAUAUCUACAUCAUAAUUUUGAAACUCAUCAAUCAAUCAAUCAAUAAAAGUUUUUGAAUCCUCAUUUUGAUUGGGGAAAUGGAAUUCUUCCAAAGGGCUAAAGUGGUGCGUUUGAGAAGCCAUCAUGACAAAUAUUUGUUAGCAGAUGAUGAUCAAGAAGGUGUUUACCAAGAUCGUCUUGGCUGCUACAACAAUGCUAAAUGGACGGUGGAGAUUGUAGAUCAAGUAAACUUGAUAAGAUUGAAAAGUUGUUAUGGAAAAUACUUAACCGCCUCUAAUAUGCCAUGCUUUUUUCGCGCAACGGGAAAGAAAGUGUUGCAAACACUUCCCACAAGAUUGAAUUCUUCUUUAGAAUGGGAACCUAUACGAGAUGGUAAUCAUGUUAGACUUAGGACUCGUUAUGGCCAAUUUUUACGUGCCAAUGGAGGGUUACCUCCUUGGAGAAACUCCAUCACACAUGACAUCCCACAUCGUACUAAAACUAUUAAUUGGGUUUUAUGGGAGGUGGAUCUUGUCGAGCUUCGCCCACAACAACCUAAGCAAAUAGAAGGCCCCACACCUAGUGGUGUAACUCAAUGUCACGACUCUCCGUCACAUCCAUCUCAUUCUCCUUCUCCUCCUCGAUCUCAUUCUCCUUCUCCUCCUCAUUCAGAUGAUGAUGAAGAUGAUUCGUUAGCUAUAACUGAUCUAAGUUUUUCCAUACCAAAUCAGGGCGGAGAUUUAGAAGAUAAUAGUGGAUCACCGGUGAAAGAAGGGAGAAUAAUAUUUUAUAAUGUGGGUGAUGAAAAUGGGGAUGUUUAUGAAGAAAGUGAAGAAAAAUUCUUUACAUUCAAAGGAAGUUGCGUAGAUGAAUUAAAUGAGAAGUUAAAGGAAGAAACAGGACUUGAUGAUAUUGUUGUAUGUUGCCGUAACCCAUUCACUGCAAAAUUAUAUCCUCUUCGUUUACAAUUACCUCCAAAUAAUGUUGAUUUGCACGUUGUUGUCGUUCCUUCCUCAUUUCAAGAAUAAACAAAAGAAGAUGGUGGCAAUUCACAAGCUCGUUGGUGGAAAGCUUGAAAUGCACCAUGCAAAUAAAUAUUAAGGAAAGGAAUUUGGAUUUGACAUGAUGGUUGUUAUGGCCCAGCCCAAGUUUCAUUAAAUAUUAAAUAUUUUUAUAUGAUAAGUUACUUAUUUUUAGAAGGAUGUAGAUAAAUUCAUUAGAGUAAAUUAUUGUUUAGUUUGUUAGAAUAUUAUUUAUCCUAUGUUAGAAUAUGUUUUUUUUCUAUGUUAUAAAUAAAGUUAGUAAUUGUAAUCAUUAUCAA